AUGACUCCUACAAGGUCUUUACCGUUUGAGCUCGAGGCUGCGAUCCUGCGCUUUUGCGAUCGUCAUUCUCUCGCAAUUCUGAUGCGCGUUUCCCCUGACUUUUUGGAACGCGCGAGACCUCUCUUUUACGAGGUCCUGUGCAUCACCCAUCCUUUGGAUGUCGCCCACCUAUCUGGGACUCCCUUGGCGCUGCCCUUCGUGCGCGUUCUUACAGCACACUUGGGUGCAGAGCUACUUCAGCUGCCGGCUCUUCCCAACCUUCAAACUCUGUCGUGGACGCACGACGCAUGGCCAGGUCAUGAGAAACCUCUCAACGCUCGGUCAGUACGCGCUUUCUUGUCACGCUUUCAGAGCGUUCGUCAUCUCGCGCUGUCAUUGUCGCUCUUGACCGUCCCCAAUUUGGACUUCGUUUUGGCGCCUAUCUCGACACGCUUGCUGUCUCUGAAGGUGGUCUGCGUGGUCCACGGCCCUAUGGAUCGUUGCCGAGCUCGACCAAGGAGCCUUUUCUGUAAUCUCCGCGUUCUGUCCGUCGACGAUCCCCGGUACGGGGAACUCAGCGGAUCGGCGUUCUCGUGUCUUACACGCGGGAACCGCUGCCUGCAGACGAUCCGCUUCCCUCGAGACACGACGUGGGCAUCGAUCCUGACUGCUUUGCGGCAUUCGCCUCCUUCCGUCUCAUCUUUGGAGUUCGAAGGCUGUCCACCGCUUGUGCGGUUAGCCCUCACGUACGACCCCUCGCAGUGGAUGCGCCUUCGGUCCCUGUCUUUUCGUGUCGCUCUGGAACCGCAUCAAAGUCUGCGAGUUUGGAGCGACACGUCAGACUUUUUCGAUCUGGUAUAUGGCGUGCCUUUGGCGCCGUCAUUGACAGCGGUUACCGUGAAUAUCGACGGGCGUCGCGCCUCCUGGGAUAUGGUCACCGAUGGAGGUGGGCCCUUAUUCGAUAUGGAUGGUCACGGUGGCGCCCUCGAUUGGCACUCUUGGUUUGCGGCGCUCGGCAGCCGGUGCACCCUCCACCUCAACGUCUAUACAUCAGCUGCAGAGGGCACUUCCGCAUUCAGCGCCAUCUCUACAGGCGUGGCCCGGACUGUUCCUUUCCCUCACACGGCGGUGGUUUUCGCUAACCGGCCAGUGGCCGUCCUAUCGCGAUUGCGGAGCGCAGACGUUCUGCGGCCCAAAGUACACGUUGAGCUCUUCGACGUUAUCGUCUCGUUCUGCGACCGCAACACCCUUCUCGCUCUGGUCUGCUCAGCGCAACACUUCCAUUACUUGCUCCGCCGUUUCUACGACACUGUACACAUUUGGACACCGCAGGAUGCGCUUACUCUCGACGACCGCAAGGACAUCGCUGAGUUCGUUCACGAGUUGAUUGUGCACACGUACCGCCUUCCUUGCUACCUGUCGGGUUUCGAGAACCUUCACACUCUGGAGUGGUGUCCACCCCCCAAUGUCCCUUUAUACGAUGUCCGUAGACGUCUCCCUCCCUUCCUUCGCCUUUUUUCGGGUCUUCGCCAUCUUCGUCUGGCUUACAAGACCUUUGGUCUUCGCGAGCUAGACGUUGCAUUGCGAGACUGCAGCGCGAGGCUUGUUUCAUUAGCCGUCUCAUUCAAGGUGUUCGCACCUUUUACCUCGAUGCAGGGAACGUCUUCAACCUUUCCUGCGCUACGCGAGCUUACUGUGCGUCAUUGCCUCGCCGAGGAUUACUCGCACUUUACGACGGACUACUUCCGCGCUCAUGCGCGCGGCCUGGAGAUUCUAGACAUCCCACAAGGUCUGACCUGGUCGGGGCUUGACGGAUUGCUGUCUCAUUCGCCGCCGAUGUUGAAGGAGCUGCGCCUAGGCCUAGUCCCUGCUGUUGAUCCGCCCUUUCCUUGGGUCUUAGGUCCUUCCGGGCAGAGGUCGCUUCAGCGUUUGCAAGUCGUGCAGUUCACCAUGCGCCGCGUGCACGAGGACGGACGACGGGAAUGGCGACGAUUGGCGACCUUUCUACGCACGGAAAGGACGAGAGGGAAUCUUCUUAGCUUGAGGACCGUCCGGGUUUGCGUUCUAGCGACGGCGAUGGAGCGCAUCACUGGAGUUAACUGGUGCUUGACUCUCUUCGGGGCUGUCCAGGAGUACGACAGCCUGCGUUGGGACACGUGGGUAUCUGACGUGCUAGGAGAUUUGGUCAGUCUGGAUAUUGUUUUUGUCGUCGACUUUGACGUGGACGGCGAGCAGGCGAUUGCCCUCCGACGCACUGUUCUUCAUCAUCUUCAAGUCGUACCUCCCGAGCGAUUGACUCUACGUAUCGUCGUGUCGCGCUCUCCAUCUUCGCAGCCUAUUCCUUUGGAGAUUCAGCACCUUGUUGCCGACAGCGCCGAUCGGCCUACUUUGGCGUCUCUCAUGCAGGUUACGAAGGCUUUGCAUAGGGACAUUUCCCCCCUCUUCUUCCGCACGCUGGUCAUUCGCUCUUUGUCGCAAGCGAAGGAGUUAAAGGCCCGACCCAGUCUUGGCAAGCACAUCCUCUCACUCGACGUUCAUCUGUACCUUCCUCCCGAAUCUUUGCCUCCCCUUCCCAACGUGCGCACCCUUUAUUGGAGGUUCAAUCGUCGGGGGGUCGACGCUGGCAUGACUCCAGAGCAUGCGGCUACUUUUCUCCAGCAGUUUCCUCAACUCCAGUCUCUCCGACUCGACUGCGACUUCUGCGGCACCGCAGAGCUCGACGUCGCUCUCCGGCAUGUGAGCCGCCAGAUAACCUCGCUCGAGAUCACCUUUUCCUCAGUGUUCUUUGACACCGAGAGCAUAUCUUCACCUGCGUCUGUGUACCACCAGCUUCGCACGCUCAAUCUUGCCGAUGGUCGCUACUGCGACGUGGGCGCAUUUGUGGAGAAGUACAUUUCUCUAUCUGCUCCUCAUCUCUCUCGUCUGCGGAUCCCGCGCUAUUGCGACUGGGAUGGAUUCUGCGGCGCUCUGCGUGCGGUGGCGUCGUCUUUGACCCACCUCGAUGUCGAGUGGUUCAAUGACAUUCUCUUCUACGAUACGCGGCCUAUGCCCGUCUUCCCCUGCCUUUCCACCGUGCUGUUCGAGGUCCACAACGCCAACGACGAACUGCGUCAAGAAUGGGACUUUAUGCUAGACUUCAUGCAUGCUUUCCGGUAUCGCGAGCAGCAUAAUCUGCAGCAUCUCCACACCAUCGCAAUUACCGUGUACGCGCGAAAUGCCGUUCCUUGCCUCCUCAUUGGGGAUUGGGAGUACGCGCUCUUCCGCGAGGGCGAUGGUCCAUCGGAGAUUGACUGGGCGCGUUGGGCGACAGUUGUUUUGGGACAGUCUCGGGUACUGCGGUUGGAGAUCCGCCCACCAUUUGCCGCCAGUAGUCCCGAGAUCCCGCGGCUUCGCGCGGGUAUUCACAAGCAUUUGUCACCAUUGCUUCCGAACCGCCUUCACCUAACUAUUAUUCCUACCUGA